ACCGCCCGUGGACGUUGCUGCGAGGCUAACCUGGUCCCGGGCUUGAUGGCGACGUUGCGCGUUGAUCGGGUCGAUUUUCGUACGCGGGAAGUGUCGAGCGAACCUUUCUUUCUCAGCUGAGACGAACGAUGGAGGCGGCACUGGUGAACCUGCUCGUUUCUGACAAUGCCACGAUACAAGAGGCAACUGUGGCGCUCAAGAAGCUCCUUAAAGAUCCGGAGUCCAUAAAGACUCUGUGCGAGAUCAUAGUGUCCUCCCAAAAUGCAGAGGUCAGACAGUACGCAGCUGUCUUGCUUCGAAGGCGAUAUUGUAAAGAUGUAAACUGGAAAAAAUUACCUGAGUCCAUACGUACUGACUUUAAGAAAGUUAUUUUGCAGGCCUUAGUCAAUGAAAAAGAAAAGUUUGUUAAAAAUAGUAUAGCGCAAUUAAUAGGUAUUAUUAUUAAGUAUGAAUUACCUACAAACAAUUGGCCAGAAAUCAUAGAUUUUGUGCAACAAUCUAUCACUAGUGAGCAUUGGGAAACUAAAGAACUAGGUACUUACACCCUAGCAAGCAUGACGGAGGUUACACCGGAGCCAUACUCGUCGCAUGGUGCAGCUCUGGCAAUGCUUCUUUUCCAAACAUUGAACAAUCCUCACUUGGAUUUGAAGGGCCCAAUUGCUUAUAACAUCUUGAAGACAUUACGGCACCUCGUCCCUCUGGUCGAACACGAUACAGCGAUGCAGAAUACUUACACCCAAAUGAUGCCACGAAUAAUUACGACAAUUCAGGUUUUCACCGAGUACAACCAGCCUUACGCCAUCGAGAGUUUCGAAUUGCUGGACGAAUUGUGUGAGAAUGUGAACACUGUGAUAACACCUCACAUAAAGUCUCUCGUCAAUUUGUGCCUUACAAUGGCUGCUAACAAAUCUAUCGAGCCGAACACGAAAAUCAAAGCGAUCAAUUUUAUCGGCUGGCUCGCGAGAAUAAAGAAGAAAGCUCUUGUGAAACAUAAAUUAAUAGAACCCAUCGUCAACAUGCUGUUCGUAGUCAUGACCAUGCCACCGGAGAAUGACGGUGAGGACGAUAUAAACGCUGAAAAUGAGAACAGCGUUUUAACGUGCGCCACUCAAACUCUGGAUUUGCUCGCGUUGCACCUGCCGCCGGAGAAAUUAAUUCCACAUCUGCUACGACAUAUCGAGCCCGGCUUGCAGAGCACGGACGUGUACGCGAAGAAGGCAUCGUACGUGGCGAUGGCGGUGCUGGCGGAGGGCUGCGCCGAAUACAUCUGCUCCAAGUACCUGGAAUCCUUCCUGCGGUGCAUCUGCGAGGGGAUCAAGGACUCGGCGCUCAUGGUGCGCAACGCCGCGCUCUACGCCCUGGGACAGUUCUCCGAGCACUUGCAGCCGGACAUCUCGCGGUACUCGUCCGAAUUGUUGCCGGUGUUGUUCGAUUACCUGAACCAGGUGUGCUCGUACAUCAAGCAGACGAAGAAGGAGCCGCACUCGCUCAGCCGCAUGUUCUACGCCCUCGAGAUGUUCUGCCAGAACCUGGACGACAGCAUACUGCCGUACCUGCCGACGCUGAUGGAGCGACUGUUCGAGAUCCUGAGCGCGGACAUGCCGAUGCGCGUGCGGGAGCUCGCGUUGAGCGCCGUCAGCGCCGCCGCGAGUGCCAGCAUGGAGCACAUGUUGCCGUACUUCGACGCGAUCAUCGCCAUCCUGGACAGCUACCUCGCCGCGGAACCCACCGAGGAAACCAUGUCUCUUCAAGUUCAAGCGAUCGACACCCUCGGCGUGGUCGCUAGGUCGAUAGGCAAGCAGCACUUCGCGCCGUUGGCGGCGAGGACCCUCAACCUCGGGAUGAAGCUGCUGAAGAACACGGAGGAUCCGGAUCUGCGGAAGGCCGUUUACGGACUGCUCGCCGCCAUCAGCACGGUCACGAAGAAGGACAUGGCCGCGGCUCUACCCGACAUCGUUGAAUACAUGAUCAUGAGUAUACGCAGCUCGGAGGGGAUCGUGAUGCAUUUCAAGGAGGACAAUACCGCCCUCGGCGUUUACGACAAUCUCAGCGAGAGCGACGACGAGAACGAGGAGGAGGAUAUCGAGCACACCGAUAACGAGGACGACGACGACGACGUCGAGGGCUACAGCGUGGAAAAUUCCUACAUCGAGGAGAAGGAGGAAGCGGUGAUAGCCUUGAAGGAGAUCGCCGAGAACACGGAGGAGGCGUUCAUGCCGUAUCUCGAGAGAGCGUUCGAGGAGAUCUUCACGGUGAUCGAUUACCCUCAAGAGGACAUACGUAAGGCGAGCAUCGAGGCGCUGUGUCAGUUCUGCGUCAACUUUUCCAAAAUCGACAGCAACGAUGGCAAGACCGCACUGUCGCGGGCCCUUUCUAUACUUAUCCCGAAGCUGGCGCAGCUGAUCAAGCUCGACGAGGAGCAGACGGUCGCUAUCUGCGGCCUGGACGCGUACGCGACGCUUCUCAGCGAGAUCGAGUCGAACGUUUUUGAGGACGACGGCCGCAAAGACGCCGUAAUGAGCCGCGUGAUGGACGUGUUCACGGGCAAAACGGCGUGUCAAGACCAGGAGGAGGUCGAGGGCGACAAUAUCGAGGCGGAGCAAGACAUCUUAUUAGUCGAGAGCGCGGGAGGCGUGUUGUGCAACUUGGGGCGAGUGAUCGCGCCGGAGAGCUUCGCGUAUUACUUCCAGACAGUGUUGCCGUUGCUUCUGAAAAGACUGAAGGGCGGCACCGAGGGACAGAGGUCUUUCGUCACUGGCACAAUUGCGGAGUGCUUCCAAGGGCUUAGGCACACGACGGGCGCGUUUGUCCCGCAAUUGCUUCCGAUCUUCCUACAGACGGCUCAAGAUUCCAGUAGCGAGGUUCGUAACAACUCCUUCUUCGGGAUCGGAGAGCUCGUUCUGCACGCGAAGGAAGCUGCUUAUCCACAUUAUCCUGAGAUUUUGCAACUUCUGUCGUGCGCCAUUGCGAAAGAGACCAGCGCGAACGCACGUGACAACGUGGUCGGCGCGAUUGCGCGACUUAUUAUCACAAAUUACUCGAACAUGCCACUCGAGCAAGUGUUUCCAGUUUUUGUUCAGCAGUUACCACUGAAGGAGGAUUUGCAAGAAAACAAAGUUGUAUUUAAGAGCAUUCUCACACUGUAUCAAGCUGGACUUGCUAUUUUAAAGCCCCACAUUACCAUAUUGUUGAAAGUUGCAUUUAGUGUACUGCACGAGGAGAAGAUUAAGGAUGAUAAUGAGACUAAAAACCUCGUCAUAGAAUUCAUCAAAUCAGCCCAGCGAGACUUUCCGAAUGACUGGAAUGCACUUUAUAAUGAGCUGCCACAAGAAAUCGCUACAAAUAUGCAGCAGAUUUUCGCUUAAUCUCUCGGAGGAUUAAACGAUUGCAAAUCGCUUGGUCGUUCGAACAUUUCAGAUCCUGUUUGUUAAUUUAAAUGGAUUUGCAGUGGCUCUCUUUCUUCGCAAAAUACACACGUCAGAUAUGUUAUGAUUAUCUUUUUCGUGAUUCGUAUCCCUUCUAUUCCUGACUAACUAAGAUAUAAGAAUAAAUAAUAUAAUCACAUCGUUCUAUUAAAAAAUAUAUAUUUCUAUUUUAUA